CGGAGCCGCUGCCGCGCUGCCGGCGUCCCGCAACUUCCCCCGGAGCCCAGCGGAGCGCAGCAUGCGGGGCAGGGGCUGGAGGCGGCGGCGGGGCCGGCAUCGCGCCCCCCGGACAUGAAGCGGCCAUCGCAAGCUCCAGCAAGGAGUGCAAAGCUAACUGCACCAAGUGAUCUGUGGCAAGGAGCACUGGGAGACAGCUAAAAGACAGUGACAAUGUCUUUAAACUGGCAGACACUUCCUACUCGACCUACUGGAGUUUUCAAAGUGAACUGCAAAGGACUUGCAUGCCUCUUGGUCUUCACCGUGAGUGUUUGUGGCAGUGCCCCGGGGAUGUGUCCAGCAGCCUGCAUCUGUGCCAGUGAUAUUGUAAGCUGCACUAAUAAGAACCUCACUCGAGUGCCAGGAAAUCUUUAUAAAUGUAUGAAAAGGCUGGAUCUGAGUUAUAACAGAAUUGGGAUUUUGGAGCCUGAAUGGGUCCCAGUGCUGUCUGAGAAACUGAACGCUUUAAUAGUCAAUCAUAAUAGCAUUAGCAGCAUUAGCACUGGAAGCUUUUCCACAAUUCCGAAUCUGAAGUAUCUAGACUUGUCAUCCAACAGCCUGAAAACACUGGGCAGCCCUGUGUUCCAGGAGCUAAAGGAGCUGGAGGUUCUCCUGCUGUACAACAAUCAAAUAGCACAGAUCGAGUCUCUAGCCUUUGGAGGAUUGUACAAAUUACAGAAACUGUACCUAAGCUACAACUUGGUCUCGCAUUUCCCACUGGACUUAUAUGUUGGAAAACAUAAACUGACAGACCUUGUGUUGCUGGACAUUUCCUUUAAUCACAUCCAGACGAUGCCUGUUCAGCGCCUGAGUUCAGUGCCAGCCAAACAACUUAGUGGAAUUUAUCUUCAUGGCAACCCAUUCUAUUGUGACUGUGUCCUGUACUCCAUGCUAGUCUUCUGGUAUCAAAGGCAUUUCAGCUCAGUGGUGGACUUCAGAAAUGAGUACAGCUGUUUGUUGCAGUCAGACCCAAGAGGUCAUAAUGAACUGCCUUUCCUGCACGACAACGUUAUGAAUUGCUCUGAAAGUACCGUCAACAGCUCUUUCCAAGCCUUUGGGUUUAUUCAUGAUGCCCAGGUUGGUGACAGGCUGAUUGUACACUGUGACAGCAGAAUCAGCGAUAUGGGCACACAGUUUGUUUGGGUUAGUCCAGACAAUAGAUUGCUGGAGCCAGACAGGGACACCGAUAACUUCAAGGUGUUUCCUAAUGGCAGUCUGGAGAUAACAGAUGCCCAGCUAGAAAACUCAGGGCUGUAUUCCUGCAUUGCAAUAAAUAAGAAAAGACUAUUAAAUGAAACCAUAGAGGUCAGAAUAAAUGUUAGCAAUUUCACAGUGAACAGGUCCCACGCUCAUGAAGCAUUUAAUACAGCUUUUACCACCCUUGCUGCCUGUGUGGCCAGUAUUAUUUUAGUGCUGCUGUAUCUCUAUCUGACCCCCUGCCCGUGUCAAUGUAAGGCAAAAAAGAAGAAGAGGAAGCUGAACCAAAGCAGUGCCCACCCAUCCAUACUGAAUUCCACACUGCCGCAAGAGCUGCCAGCCGACGAGAAGAAGGCUAGCACUGGAAAACGGGUGGUUUUCCUGGAACCUGUGCACGAACCAAAACAGAGUCAGAAUGGGAAAGUAAAACUGUUCCCCAAUGACAGUGUCAUUACAGAGAGUAUCUUAAAAACUACUCGAACAAAAUCCGACUCUGACUCUGUCAACUCUGUGUUCUCAGAUACACCUUUCAUGCCGCCAGCUUAGUUUGCUGCCUGUGUUUGUAUCGUGCAGUUCCAUUUCUGAAUACCUCCUUUGCCUGUAGCAAACCAUCAGGACAAACAAAUAAAAAGAGAUAAAAUGUUUUAAAAAAAGGUAUGUUUUGUCAGUCCUUGAACUGCGCCUCCUCUCUGUACGGGCCAUGCAACGGUGAUAGCUCGUUCGGGAAAAGCAAACAGCUUGUCAUUAUUGUGAAUGUUUUUAAUGCAAGCUGAGCCUCGGUUUUACUCUCUGGUCCACACACAGCAAUUUCUUGUGCAUGUUUAGAGACACUCUCAGUGCACACAGCUGACUCUGACCCCUAUGCAACACCCAGUCAUGCUGA